AUGCAUCGAAGCUCGUCGCCGUCCUCGUCGUCCCCGACGCCCACCUUCCCGCCGGGCUUUCGGUCGAGGCGAUCUCACGCCAAAUCUCGCAAUGGAUGCUUGACGUGCAAGCAACGAAGGAAGAAGUGCGACGAGAGGCGGCCGUGCUGUACGCUCUGCGAAACGAGUCUGAGGACGUGUGUGUAUGCAUCCGGUCAGCGAUCUCCUCACUCAGACGAUUCUGGCACGACGGCGGCGACGACGACGACGACGACGAGGUCAUCCCUCCCGUCUCCAGUCCCCUCGCCACCCAGGUCAUUCAUAAGCCUUUUCGCGCUUCAGCAACCGUCCAGAGAACUGCUCUCCAGAUCACCCGUGCCCGGCAGCGGUGGCACUUCUUCCGUCUUGAGCCAAGCCGGCGUCAGCACCGUCGACAAUGGUAGUGCCGCCGCCGGCUCCUACAAUCACCACCAUCUCCACCACCGGGUCACCGAUGCAGACCUGUACUUCCACUUCCUGCACCACACGUGCCGGACCGCCCCCAGCUGGCAAAAAGACCGGCUGGUGCUGCAGGUCGGCAUCGCCAAGCUGGCCCUGGACAACGAGCUGGCGUCGCACUCGGUGCUGGCGCUCGCCGCGGCCUGUCUGUGCUGCGACACCAUCGCCAGCGCCGGCGCCGACCCGGAGACGGUGCGCCACAUCCUCGACCGCGGCCUGGAGCACCACACGCGCGCGCUCCAGCAGAUGCGCACCAUGACCUCGCGCCCGCGCGAGGCCGACACCCAGCCCCUGCUCGUCAGCGCGCUUAUGCUGGUCCCCUUCGCCCUGGCCUUCCAGCAUAUCCAGCACUGGGUACUGUGCGCCAGGAAUGCGUCGACCACGACCACGACCACGACCGCCCCCGACCUACUGACCCCACGCGACAUGAUCCUUUUGCUGAGGGGGAUCCGGACGACCAUCGUCGCACUGAACUCGAAUCGGGUCGAGAGCGAGGCCUCCACGUCCGCGUCGCCGUGGGACACGAUGCAGUCAUCGUCAUCGACAGCCCAGGGCACCGACCCGAACGAGUUCCCGACCAUGGUCGCCCGGUCUCACGCCCAGUAUCCCAUCCUGGCCGCGACGUUCCAACAGGCCUCGUGGCAACUCCGGUGCCGGAUCGAGAACGCACGUGCCGUCAGCCCUCGGGGGGACGAGAACAUCGCCGCGGUAUUCGAGGCGUACGAGAUCCUGAACGACAUCAUGACCAGCACGUUCACGGACGACCCGAAGAGCGAGAUUCCGUUCGAAUACGCUUCCCAUUUCGUCGUCUCCCCCGACAGCCUCCUCGCCCAGGCGCCCGGCUGGCUGCAGAACUUCAUCCUGCAACGCCCGCGGCCCUCGCCCACGGAACCCUUGGCCCGCUCGUUCCUGGCCUUCUUCUCCAGCGCGCCCCAGACGUACGUCGACCAGCUGCUCCCGCUGCUCGAUCCUGUGGCGGAGCUGGAGGACGAGGACGAGCGCGAGCUCACGCCGGCCGAGGUCCUGGCCCUCGAUGUCUACGCGCACUGGCUAGUCCUGAUGCUGGUGUUGGAGAAGGAGGCGUGGUGGGUGGGCGAUUUCCCGUUCGUCGCGCUUCAGGGUUUGUUGGCGAGAUAUGGCCACGGGCUGGGCGGUGCUGGGGGGUCCUUCUACCAGCAUCACCACCACCAACGGCAGCACCAGCAGCAUCAGAACCAGGACCAGAAUCAGCAGUGGUGGCCGGCAGGGAUGCUCGACGUCGCGGCGGGAUUGAGGCAGUGGAAGUAG